CGUCCCCGCGAACGGCGGACCUGGCAAUUGCUAGGAUGCCAAAGACAUCAUGAACUCUCAGCACUCCUUAGCAAGUCAUCCGUUGUGCUGUACAAUCAGCGACCCUUCCUAGUGCCGACGAUAAAUAUAACCGGACGAGCGAGAUGUCUGGUUCGUACAGAGAUUGCACGAAGUUGCUCUUCUGGUGCCGUCGAGGUUGAGACUCUGGGGUUGAAGCUGGGGUCUCCCGUUCGCUAGGAUUCAAAAGGCCUGGUUAGGUGCCUGGUAAGGUUUGGCACCUUGCAGCCCGAACGGCGGCCUCCCGACAUCGACGAAUGACCGCCUCCCUUCAGCCAGGACCGGACCUAGACUACACCUGAAUGACCAGAGACGUGGAGCGCCAGGCUCCUAAGGCCUUGGACUUAGCAGUGGAGGGCUGGGGGUGGGUUAAGUUGACAGCAACUAGUGGCAGGACAUGGUGAUGGACGAUGGGAACGAAAAGCACCCCCCGCCUCACUCCAGGCUAUGUUACUGCUGGGACCUCACCCUUUGAGUCAGAUCUACUUGUUACUUCCUUCUGCCUCUAGCCGGCCUCAUGUUAUUCCCGGUUCAUACAAGGCACACUCGUAUUGAGAAAUGGUCCGAGGCUACAGCAACAGAUAGGAGAGUCUGCCGGCCUUGAUGGUGGUGGCGGUCUGAAGAGAAGGCUCCCAGGGCCAGUCUCAAAGCCCAAUCUGCUUUACCAUUCGCCGUUUGCCUGGCCUCACUGUCGCACAAGAGGCCCCCUAGCCCUCGAUUUUCGUGUCAGCUGCAGCAUUGUCUCGUCGGCGAAGUGUGCGGGAGCCGAUUGACUUGGUCCUUUCAGGCUGGCCUUGUCUCGUCCAGUGCAAUAAGAUCACCCACCUUUACCUUCACCUCGGCCGCCUAGGUUCGAGAGCCAGCGACAACCCCAUCCUCAGUGUCUUCGUUUUCACCUUGUAGAAUUGUUCUACAGAAUGUCUAUGCUUGUCAUGGCUCCAGCAGCGGCUACAACUCAAGCUCCUCAGCCGGAUUCCAUGGCUGCCGGUUAUUCCAAGACGACGCGCCGGCAAUAUCAGAGCUGUGACCAGUGUCGCCGAAGUAGACGCGCGUGCGAUGCCGGCACUUUGAUGGUGGUCAAUUUUCCCUUUGCCGAAGAGGAGGCUGCUUCAUGGCCUACGUCCACCUGCCAGGCUUGUUCCAAUUGUGCAAAGAGCGGCAAGAAAUGUACCUUUGACUGGCUUCGGUCUCUACCACUGAAUGGCCUGCCCAAGGGGAUCAAGAGAAAGCUCGAAUUGACUGGAUUCCAAGAACCGAUCGAUGCUCAACGGAAGCGGUCGCCCAGAACGAAGUCUCCGCCCUUGGAGGCCGGUGGUGAUUCUCUUCGCUCGGACUCCUCGUCAUCCUCUAUCGAACACAAAAUGGUGCCUGCGGUCUGUCCUCGCGUGCGCCUCAUCCACGAACCUCCUGCGCAUGUAAACUCCGGAUCUUCAGCCUACAGGGAGCCGCAUACUGAGACAAAGCACGACAGCUGCUGUCUCGAUCCGCAUCACUCUUACCAUGUAUCUAGUGGCACUGCCACUGGGCCUUCUGUUGUCCCAACAAGGACGACUACGGCGCCCGCUUUGUCUCGCACUUCAGCUGCGAAGCCAAGCGUGCAAUGGGAUAUAUAUACGUUUGCUCGCUAUAACUCGUCUUGCUCCUCUUCAGGUUCUACGUCCCUGGAUUCUAGGCUCAGCAUGUCAAGGUCCCCAGGCUUGCAGAGGGACUCGUCCACUUCCUCAGAAGAACAAUACAGCGCAAAAGCACACUCGCCCAAGGAGACAGAUUAUACCAGCCAGACUGGGGGCCGUGUCGAUUCCAGUUCCACAGGUGUGCUCCGGUCGUCAUCUGCCUCUGCCGGCUCAUGCAAGUCUGCAAGCACGUCUACACCCACCCAGGCUGCAUCAAGACGUCCUUCCAAUAGCUCUCUGCUCCAAUCCAUUGGACGGACUUCAAGUUCCACUCCACUUUCUCCGCGGCAGAUACGAUUCGCUGAUGGAGCCUUGAAAGCGAUGAUAGCCACCGGGUUUCUUCGCAUUUAUCACGAUAGCUUUGAGAACUCCUUGUCGUGCUGGGUCACGGAAAGAAAUUGCCCUUAUGAUGCAGAACUCGGUCAUCUAUUCGUUAUGUCCAAGGCUGCUUCCGCAGCGGAAGAACCAGAGUUGCGAUUGGGGGACAAUAGGAUAUUUUCUCGUGUAUCUCGCCUGGACUCGGCAUUCUCCCCUUUACGUGGUCGACGUUUGACUACGGCAGAAAGCAGGACUGCCUCCAAGGCCCUCAAUGCUGCCAUUAUGGCAUUUGCCAGUCAAUGGUCACACAGAUCACAUAACUCUUUCUGGAAGGGCAAGGGAGGGCUGUCUUCGAUGAAAGCGGGAAGCAAUCAGUCGACAAAGGAACCUCCAAGCUCGUGCCGUGCAAAUGGUGGCCUGGUCCUGUCGAGUGAAUGUGAACGCGUGAUCCGGAAAACUCUGUGGCACGAAGCGUGGACGGCGAUCCAGGCCAGUGCCGGGAUUGACUCAUUCAGAGUCAUACUAGCAUACCUGCUUUUCGCCCUCACGCAGCGGCCCAUGGACAAAACUCGCAGUCCGGCCGGCCCUGUCCAAUCUGCGCUGUCAGAUGGCUGCAGUCAUAACGACGAUAAAGGACGACAAAAUGGCCCCUCUCCACAGCCGAUCGAACUGGCGACGGACGCUGCUUAUUUACGGUGCAUUCAUCCUGCCACUGCUGGUUUUGACGCGACAUCCUCGCCUCCAAUCUAUCUGGAAACUGCUGUGAGGAAUCUGUUUGCUUGGAGACGCAUAGUGGAGCGCUACAGACGAUCUCGAUCGUACAUGAUGGCGAGUGGUCACAGGCAGGACUUGUCGAGUAAUUUGGACCUAAAAGACCAGCAGACGUUCAACAUGUUGUUCUGGCUGGGAGUCAUGUGCGACACGACUUCAUCCGCAAUCACCAAACGGCCGUUAAUCAUUCCAGACGAUGAUUGCGCCAUGGUUCGGGAACAGCUGGACACCGUCGUACUCGGCCGCAAGAUGCCGAAUUCAGAUACCCAUCCAGAUCAGGUCCCCGACAUGGGCAUCAAGGUACAAGUGUCACCAGGAAAAGCGCAGGAUGCGAGGAAUAACGCAGAGCAGCUUUGGGGUCACUAUUUGUUGACUUUUCAAGGAGCAGAGCAUCGCAAGAAACCGCCACGCUGGCCCUGUAGCUUUGAUGAAGCAGCAGUGGCACUUCAAGCAGCAAUCCCGGUGAAAGUAUUGAUGUUUCGCAAGAUUGCCCAGUUACAGACCCUGGCAGACCGACAGAGCGCGCCGGCGCAAUUGGAGCAAUGCAUCCAGGAGGCCAUCGAGGUAUGCCAACACUGGAACACGACUUAUGGUCCAUUUAUGCAUGACUGUGUAAGCGCACAUGACAGCCUCCUUGCGAGAGUGCAGUCGUGGUACGUGAUCCUCGACGGUCACUGGCAUUACGGGUGUCUCCUGUUGGCCGACGCGAUUGCGCAACUCGACAGAGAGGAGAGGACGAUGGCAGCGCAGCGAGGUCUGCGUGCACGGUGUGGCCUGAUCACCGAAAUCAGGAAGGAAAACGCCUACGCCAUCUCGGCCAUCGCUGGGGCUUCGCUGGCUGAACAUGCCCCUUCGUUCCCGGACAACCCGGACUUUUCGUUUGCUUGUAACGGAAGUGCCAUCCUGACCGAACCAUGGACAGACGUUCUUGUCCGCGCCAUGGGCAGUGCCUGCAACUUGUUGAUCGAGUGGCUCGCCAUCUGGCAAACUCCUGCUGACGAACUCUAUGGCUGGGUGAUGUCUAAUACUGAAUAUGACGACUUGUAUGUCCGUGCCGAGAACUGCAUUCAGGGUAUGGCUCUGUUGGGUCGCAAAUCUGAUUCUGCCCAACAGACGGCCGAGUUCUUUUGGGCGAGGCUGAACCAUGUUUCUGCUUGUCAGCACCACCACAACAACCAGCAAUCGGCUCACGGCCGGAUGCAAUCUGCGGAGGUGGUUGGAGACUGCUCGUCUGGAAUCUCCGAGCCAAGUUAUCUCCCGUCACCCACGUCUGUCCUUACUGCCGUCUAGCUUAUUGGUGUGACUACUUGCAGGUGGCUGCAUUGGUCUACAGUUUUUGUCGACCUGAAGACAUGUGCCAGCACACUAUUCCGUCCUCUUGAGUUGAGUAACAACUGGCCACAUGACAUCGCGUGGUUUGGGAGAAAAGUGCAUUUCCCCCUACCUUUGCAACGGCUAAGCGCUUUGUAUGUUAAUCCUACCUCCUGCCGUGGCGCUGGUCCUCCUCCCCGAAUAAAGGGUUGAGGGACGGUUUUGAUUAGGUGGUACUGGUACAAAUUUUUCACCGUCGGAGUGUUCAUAUAGGCGCAGGAGAGAAGCAAGCCCAGCACGCAUAAGGACGGGACUUGGAUGUGUGGAUAGCAUUCUUGACCGCUGAAGUGGUUGUAUAUUUUUCUAAUACAAACGAGCGGCAACUUCAUAUACAUGAAGUAUACGGAUGUAAAUUGUCAGUUGCUGAUGUAUGUAUCUUCCUGUACAACUAUGGUAUACUAGUAUCGAUGCCAACGUCCAGUA